UCGUGGGCGGAGCCCGCGGCGGGGCGUGCAGAGCCGCCGGAAGACGCGCGCACAGAGAGGGUGGCUGCGCAGCUGCUUGUGGUGGCCGGACAGGGGGCUAGCGGGGCGGCGCGGGGGCAAUUGGCGCCGCGGGCGACGGCGGGGCGCGGCGGGAGGACGAAGGCGCCAGGCCACCCGGGGCUGCGGCCCACGAGGCGGGGCGGCGGGUGGAGUCGGCCGCCGCCGGCCCGGCGUCACAGCGACAGCCCGCGAGGUGUAACCUCGCCCGCAUCUGGGAGAAGCCGGGUCCGGGCAGCCCUCCCACUGCGGCCCGCGGAGCCCCGCUCCCUGGCGCGCGGCCGCAGAAGGCCUCCUGGGAGGGCGGCGGCGCGAUGCGGUGCGAAGGCCGGCCUUAGGCAGGCUCCGCGGGCAGCCGGGAGAAACCCCGCGUCCGGGGCGGAGGCCGAGGUCCCGCGGGCUUCCUUUGGGAGCCCGCGGGAACGUGGGGGCGUGUUUUGGAGAAUCGUUGGUGAGCGGGGACAUGUGGUCUAGGAGGGCUGGGGUAGAACAAAAUCUGCUACCUCGGGAUCCACCGAAGAGACACCCUGUGGCGCGGAAAGCUUCGGGAGCCAGCGCUCUUGCGGCUGCGUCCCUGAUCCCAGCAGCGUCCAGGGCCGAGCUGCUGAGGCUUCGAGGGGCCGCAGCCUCUGUCCCGGGGAGACACAGCCAGGAGCAGUGAGGAGGGCCAGCUUCCAAAUGAUGCUUGGAAAGUUUCCCCACUUUGGCAGAAGAUGCAUGCAACUCACAAAGAGGGACGUCAAGGCAGCGUCUACGCUUGUAUGUGCAUAUGGAACUGGGAGACAGCCGCAUCCAAGAGCAUUGAUCAUACUUACUCCCACAUUGAUGCCAAAUCUUUGUUUUUGGAUCUUUUGCAGUUUGAAAUAUAUUUUCGCACGUUCUGGAAUUCUGACUGUGUGUUGGGUGCUUCUUGGAUUCCUCUUCUGCCUUUUGCUCCUCUAGAAGAAUAUAGAGGCAUGCACUCAAACCUACUCAAAUGGCUGCCUCCUGGGGUGGCUGUACUUAAUCUAAGAGAGAAGUCAGUUUUUCAGAGUUAAAGUCACCUGAGCCUCUAGGAGCCCACAGCCUCUGGUGCCACAGGGACACACCAAAGUUCCAAGGGCAGGAGAUUGUGCUCAGAGGAGACGACGCACCUGUGAAGCCUUUCAGUAGAGGUUCUGGCGGUUUUUCUCACCAGAAGUGGACAAGUUCUGUCGGGUGGGCAGCAUCAUGCUACAGCAGCUCCUAAUCACCCUGCCCACAGAGGCCAGCACCUGGGUGAAGCUACGCCAUCCAAAGAAGGCCAAGGAGGUGGCACCCUUGUGGGAGGACGUGACUAAGAUGUUUGAAGGAGAAGCGCUGCUGUCUCAGGAUGCCGAUGAGACCCAGGAAGAAAGUUUGAAGGAUGAAGUCACGUCUGGGUCCCGAGCAGCAGAAUCCCAGGAACUGUUGACCUUCAAGGACAUAUCGGUGGACUUCACCCAGGAGGAAUGGGGACAACUGCCCCUUGCUCACCGGAAUCUGUACCGGGAGGUGAUGCUGGAGAACUAUGGGAACUUGGUCUCAGUGGCAGGAUAUCAACUUUCCAAACCUAGUGUGAUAUCCCAGUUGGAGAAAGGACAAGAACCAUGGAUGACAGAGAAAGAAGGCCCAGAAGAUCCCAGUUCCGGUGAGACUAAGACAGACUCGAGGACUAAAACAGAAACCGAUGCAUCAACUGCAAAGAACAGCAUUUUACAGGAACAGUUUUAUCAUGGCAUUAUGAUGGAAGGGUUCCUGAGAGAUGAUGGCAUUUAUUCCACACUGAGAAAAGUCUCUAAAUAUGCUGGUGACUUAGAAAGCCACCAGGAAACCCAUGGGAGAGAUGGAAGACAAGCCAUCCUGACCCACAAGAAGAGUGGCCAAGAAACUAACAAAUUUGGGGAAAAUAUUGUCAGUUCAAACGUUAUUAUAGAGCAGAGGCACCGUAAAUGUGAUACACCUAGAAAGAGGAACAAAUACAAGUUAGACCUGAUCAAUCAUCCGAGUUACAUAAGAACAAAAACCUAUGAAUGUAACAUAUGUGAAAAAAACUUCAAACAACCCAUUCAUCUCACUGAACACAUGAGAAUUCAUACUGGUGAAAAGCCUUUCAGGUGUAAGGAGUGUGGAAGGGCCUUCAGUCAAAGUGCAUCCCUGACUACGCACCAGAGGAUCCAUACUGGUGAGAAACCCUUUGAAUGUGAAGAAUGUGGCAAAGCUUUCCGACAUCGCUCAUCUCUUAAUCAGCAUCACAGAACUCACACUGGAGAGAAACCCUACGUGUGCGAUAAAUGUCAGAAAGCUUUCAGCCAGAACAUCAGCUUGAUCCAGCAUCUGAGAACUCAUUCUGGAGAGAAACCCUUUACGUGCAAUGAAUGUGGGAAAACCUUCCGGCAGGUCAGGCACCUUAGUGAACACAUAAGAAUUCACACUGGGGAGAAGCCCUACGCAUGCACCGCGUGUUGUAAAACCUUUAGUCAUAGAGCGUAUCUAACACAUCACCAGAGAAUCCAUACUGGGGAGAGACCCUACAAAUGCAAGGAAUGUGGGAAAGCCUUUAGGCAGAGGAUACACCUUAGCAACCAUAAAACUGUUCAUACAGGAGUGAAAGCAUAUGAAUGCAGCCGCUGUGGAAAAGCCUACCGGCAUGAUUCCUCCUUUAAGAAACAUCAGAGACACCACACUGGAGAAAAACCGUAUGAGUGUAAUGAGUGUGGAAAAGCCUUCAGCUAUAACUCAUCACUUAGCCGACACCAUGAGAUACACAGGAGGAAUGCCUUUCGAAAUAACGUGUGAAAAUAGAUUACUCAACAUGAGAACAAAAGCCAGCUCUAAAUCAAUGAUUCUGUGUUUUUAAAUUCCAGGAUUCUGAAUUUGAGUAAUUGGUAUCAUGAUGCCAGCUUUUAAUUUUGCCCAUUAUGUAAAUAAACAGUACACCAAUAACUACUAUCUACUAACACCUCCAUACAAAGUAUUUAAUCAAGAAUAAAGGAUGUCCUUCAAAUUAAAUUCAGCAUUAUGGAGAGUGCACACAUAAUUGUUAUCUUACUGAUUUCAUGGUGGAUCAGUUGUUCUCCAUGGCCAUUCACUGAUUUAUAGACUUAACAAUUGGGAUGAACUGUUGAAAAUGUCACCACCCCUAUUUUUUAAGUAAGCUUUUAUUUUUUCAAUGGGGAAACUUAAAAAUGGGGUAAGGCUCAAAAGGCAUAGAAAGUCAUAUAAGGGAAGUCCUUUUCCUACAUCCCCAAAUUUUUUAUAGAGGCAACCAUUUUUUAUAACUAAUUUUUUUGUGUGUGCACCCUUCCAGAGAUUUUUGUAUUUAUAUCCAAGAGAAUAUAAAUGAAGAGUUUUUCUUUUUAAGCAUAACACAUCUGCACUUUACUUUGAUCAUUUAACCAUUUAUCACAAAAGUCAUUCCAUAUUAGUGGAUAAAGUGCCUAAUAGUUCCUUUUUACAACUGCUUAGUAUUCUGUGGUUUGGAUAUAGUUUAAUUUAUUUAGCCAGUCCACUAUGGAUGGACUUUUGGAUUUCCAUUCUUUUAUUGCAAUGAAUAGUCUUAAACAUUUUUUAAAUUUCUCAGACACAUAAGUAGACAUGUAGGGUAAAUUUUGAGAACUGGAAUCUUACUAGAGGGCAUGUGCAUUUUUAUGAUGAUAUUGCCAAACUGGCCUUCAUAGGUUGGACUGAUCUAUUUUCCUACCAGCAAGAUAGAGAACUAUAGGACCCACUUGAUGCUGAAGCAUGUCCUGGACCAUCUGCCCUUUUAAUCAUCAAAGAAGUAUCCGUUUGUCUCAGUAACUUAGCCCAGAAGUACCAGCUGAGCUGCAGCCCCAGGGAGAGUGGUGCUUGCCGUUCCUGGAGCCAGAGAAGAAUCUGCAUCUUCCUGAAGCCAAGCCCACCAAAAUCUCAGCUGCAGGAGAAACCCUUUCUCCACCAACUACUCCAGUCCCUAAUUCUGAGGCUGGAGCUGACUGAUCAGUGAGAGUCCCUUUGAGGAGGCCAGUACACUUGUCAUAGCAAGUAAAAUUGUGGCUGCAGCCCUUCUGAUGGGAUGGAGGAACACG